UUACAUUCCAUUACGACUUGUUCAAUAAUACCAAUCACUAAGAAAAGACGCGUCAAGAAUGCAGUGGUAUGUAAGAAACCAAAAACACUUUGCUUUUGUUUCAUUGUAUUGGAAAAGAUUCCAAUUACCUCGAUAUAUAUUGAGUUGUAAGAAACUUGGUGGUAGUAACGAUUCAAACUUAUGUACUUGUCCAGCAAUUCCAUCCAUUCCUCGGACUAUGUAUUUACCUUGUCAUACUUAUUGUUGUUGUCGAGUACAACCUGCUAUAUUCUUUGUUCUAGGUGGACCAGGUAGUGGAAAAGGUACUCAGUGUGCGAUGAUAGCAAAAGCACUGGGAUGGACACCAAUUUGUGUCGGUGACUUGCUGAGAAAAGAAGCUUUACAAAAUACAUUGCGAGGGAAUUGGAUUGCUUCUAUUAUUGAUGAAGGAAAUAUUGUUCCAGGUUACGUGACGUUGGGGUUAUUAUCUCAAGCUAUUGAAAGAGAACGGCGUAAAGGUACGCAAGCCAUAUUGAUGGACGGCUUUCCUAGAACACUGGAUCAAGCCAUAGCUUUUGAGAAACAAGUGGGUCGUUGUAUUGCUGUAUUGUAUUUGGACUGUUCGUUGCAAGUUAUGAAACAGCGAUUAUUGCAACGUGGUUUAUCUUCUGGGAGACAAGAUGAUGUAGCGAGAGUUAUUCAACAAAGAUUGGAAACUUUUGAAAGACAAACUAGUCAAGUAGUAGAAUAUUAUAGACAAAAGGGACUAUUACAUUGUUUUUCAGGAGAACGAGCACCCGAUGAGAUUUAUAAGGAAAUAUGUGAACGAAUACAACAGGAAGAAAGCAUAUUCACUUUGGCUUCCUGCAUUGGUGGAAGAAAAUCAUCAUCAUGUUUAUUAUAGUUGGAAUAGUAUCAAGUAAUGUUCAUUUUUGUAAAAAAUGUGUUGGAGAAAGGAAGAAAAGUUUUUCAUUUCAUAGAAAGUCGUCCACUCCAUAUAUUCCGUUGUUCAGUUGUUGUCAACAGAUAAAGAAAUCACAAAGAGA